AACCCUUUAUUUGAACCCAAACGCAAAACCCCAACGGAACUGUUUUUCCCAUUUAACCCAAAGUCAAAAACUUCAAGAUCCAACUCUGACCCACAGCUUCUAAUCGGGAAGGGGGAAAUUUUCAUUGUUUAUUUAAAAUGGUGGAUUUGUCAUGGUUGAGUGCCAUCCUAGUUGGGGCUGGCUGCCUUGCCUUGGGGUAUUGCGUUGGCAAGUGCCAUCCCACUUAUUUAUUUCUCUCAUCGAGAGGAACUAAAGAUACUACAAUCUCUAAAGCAAAUAAGAAGAUCAAAGAACCCUUAGAAAUCGAAAAGUUGGCUGACAUUCUAGAGGAUUUUAAAAUGGUCCUGGUUGUAAGAAAUGAUCUUAAGAUGGGUAAAGGGAAAAUUGCUGCCCAGUGCAGUCAUGCAACUUUGGGUCUUUACAAAAAACUCCUACAUCGAGCACCAAAAGCAUUGAACAGGUGGGAGAUGUGUGCUCAGCCAAAGGUGGUGGUGAAAAUUGACAGCGAGGAAGAUAUGCUAGUUUCACAAAAGGCAGAGAAUAUUUACUUGUUUAUACAACUACUAGACUUAUCCAUCUUUCUCGAUAUUGAGAGGGCAAAAUCACUAAAUAUACCAACGCAUAUCACCAUUGACACAGGGAGAACUCAGAUUGCACCAAAUUCGAGGACGGUGAUGGCUAUUCUUGGACCUAUUGAAAUGGUGGAUGAUGUAACCGGUGGACUGAAGCUAUUGUAACGAUUUUGCCCGAAAGGCCUCAGAUUUAAGAACUUUGAGGAGCAUGUAAUUUGCAAAGUUAUGAUUAUUUUUGUUUAAAGAUAUUUCGUCCUAGAAACUUAAGUGAAAAAUCCAUUGUAUACUUGGUGCUGGAUUCUUGGAAACUUACAUUUCAGUUUUGUGAUGAUUACGAAAA